UUUUGAGAGUUGAGUGAAAAACUAACUUGACCUAUAUUUUACACACAUCCGAUAUUUCAUUUCACACGUUUUAUUUUGUGAAAAUAUUAAAUUGGGAUAUUUCACAAGAAAGAAAGUUGUUUUACCCUAAUUUUGUUUAAAUAACAUUGUGAUUCAACCCAGGAAGAAAUAAAAUAAAAAAGAAUUUUAGGAUUGUUAAUACAAGGCAAGAUGACGAAGAAUAUACAGAACAAAAGCAAUAAAAGUGUUGUUUUAAACACUGAAGAAAAUAAACAAAAAUCUGGCUGUUUACAUACGCAUGAUAAUCAAACUGAGAGGAUGAAGCUCAAUGUUUACAUGGUCCUAAUCCUUAUUCUGUCGUGUUAUGCAACAUUUACCACAUCAACGUCAAUGCCUAUUAAUGUAUCCUUGGGUUUUAUUGCCCCAUUACAUGACAGUUUGGACCCUCUUGGUGCACUUGGACAAGAAUUGGAAUCAGCAUUUAAGCUUGCUGUACAGGCUGUCAAUAAAGCAAAACCAAGCAGGGUUAAAAUUAGGACAGACUUUUCAGUUGGUGUAAAGGAUGAAACUGCAAACCCAGCAGAUGCUUGUAAAAGUGCCGCAAGUUAUUUUAAUAAUGAUGAUAAAUUUGUUGGUAUUGUUGGAGGAUAUUCAUCUGCAUGUUCUGUGGCAAUGCAAGGGGAACUUAAACGUCUUAAAUCUGAAAUUCCUCAAGUUUCGUACCGCUCACCAUCUAUUGAUUUUUUGGACACCACUACUUAUCCAUCAUUUUUUCGAACCACUUCUAAUAACAGACAACAGGCGCAUGCCAUUAUUGAUAUAAUAAAGCAUUUUCGUUGGAGUCAUGCAUCCAUUAUCCACACUGAUGAUUUGUAUUAUGGGAAAGAACUUAGCGAUGAGAUCAUCUCCAAAGCAGCAAUAUCUGGUAUUCUUAUCAAGGAGAGAGUUUCAUUCACUUCAGGCGACUCCACAGAAAAAUUAGAUAAAAAAUUACAAGUUAUAAAAACUUCUGGAUCUCGCAUCAAUAUAAUUGUUGCACAAGGAAAGGAUGUGUUCACAAUUUUUAAUCGCAUCAAAGCUAAGAAUAUGCAUGGCGAGGGAUGGGUAUGGAUAGGAAGUGAUGGAGUUACAGAAUUGAACCUUGGGUUAAGUGAUAGCGUAAAUACAACAAGUAGUGGUUUGAUUGGAACUGCUCCAGCAAGCUUUACGGGACCAAGCUUUUUAAAGAUUGUCAUUGCGUGGUAUUCUGAAAGCGAAGAAGAUUACCCUGGUAUUGUCUGGAAAAGUCAAAGUGAUCCCAAUGUCAGCCCAUACGUUGCUCAAGUAUAUCGUGCUGUUUCAGCAUACCACACACUUCUAAACCAAUUGGCUGAAGAAAAUGCAAUAACAACGACAACACCUGCUAAAACCAUUCGAAAGCUGCUUGUGCAAAAGUUAAAAAAACUCAAAGAUGCCAAAUCCGCUGUAGACGUAAUUUUAGGUAGUGGCUUGUACUUUGAUAAAGAAACCGACGACAGGCCAAUAUUUGCUAUUCGAAACUGUGUUGAUGGAAAAUGCAAAGAUGUUGGUUCUUGGAAUGCCAACAAAUUAACCAAAAUACAUUUGCUCUCCACUCCAACCAAUCAAAUAAUUUGGCCUGGUGGUGGUUCUCAAACCCCAACAGAUAAGGGUAAACCAGGAAAAGCCUUGUUUCGGUUAGCGUUCGUUGCCCCAACUAAUCAAGCUCUUGGCACGCUAUCAGAAUAUGGUCGUGAGCUUGUAUCAGCAUUUAAAGUUGCAAUUGAUAUCAUUAAUAAUGAUAAAAUAUAUCAAGUAGAACUGGAUGGCAUUAUAAAAGACGAAGGGCUAGAUGGUAUGGACUCAUGUGAUAUUGUUGGACAGGAAAUCAAAAAUUUAGACUUGGUUGGAGUGGUUGGAGCCUAUAGAUCUCAAUGUUCCAUUAAACUUCAUAAAGUAUUAGAAUCAAAAAUGAUACCAAUUGUUUCAUAUGCUUCUCCUGCUGCUAUACUAUCAAAUAAAACUGAAUACAAAAAUUUCUUUCGACUCUCACCGUCUGAUAAACAUCAAAGUGAAAUACUCAAGCAGAUUGUUCGAAAGUAUGGAUUCAAAGAGGUCUCCACGUUGUAUUCUGACGAGAUUUCAUCAAAGGGAAUUGCAAAACAUUUUGAAAAACUUAUCAAAGACGAUACUGUCACUCUGACAGCUUCAGUUGAAUUUCCACAACACUCCCACUCGAGUGUAUUGAGGACCUAUGUGGAGAAGAUCAGACAAUCUGGUUCUCGAGUUAUUCUCGUGUCCGCGUUGCCAAAAGAUGCGACUUUAUUGCAACAAAUUAUCAAAGAAUUAAACAUGGCUGGCCAAGGAUGGAUUUGGUUGGGAUCUGACGGUGCGACAACCUUAAAUUUUCCUAAAAACUCUGACGUGGCUAAAGAAUUAGAAGGCAUGCUUGGUAUUAAUCCAAAGAAGGGAGAUGGUGCUUUGUAUUACAACAUGUUGUCCACAUGGUUACGUAAAGAUAAAUUACAAUAUCCUGGAAUAGUCCACACGUCAUCGGGUGAUUCAUCUCUGCCAUACACAGCGCAAGUGUUUGAUGCGGUCAACGGUAUCGCUUUGGCAUUAUCUGAUUUGGUAUCAAGAAAAUUGAUUUCACACAAGUCGGAUGCGCUCACAGUACGGAAAGUGCUUAGCGAGAAGUUACGAAGUUACAACAGCGCCGAAAAUGGCUACUUAAGCGCGACUGGAACGACAACUAAGGUUUAUUUUGAUGCAAAACAAGAUGGACCUUUAUCAUUGGAUGUAGUUAAUUUAUUGGAUGCCAAAUGGAAAACAAUAGGCAAGUUCACCGACGAUAAUAAAUAUAUUCAGUUUAUCACCGAUCCAAUAUUUCCCGGUGGUACCACAAUCCCCGUUGUUGGUGCUGGUAAAGUGAGAUAUCAAGUGGCUGCGUUUCUGCCGAAAAACAAAAAACUCGGAUCACUCGCUGAAUUGGGACAGCUAUGGGAAUCUGCAUUGAAAUCGGUCGUCAGUUGGGUGAACAACAAUGAUACUUUGACUGUCGGUUUCGACUUGACGACUUACGAUACCGGAAUUUCGUCGGAAAACUGCUCUUUUCUUGCGCAGCAAUUACCGAGCAAUGUUGAUAUCAUCAUUGGUCCUGCCCGUUCUAAAUGCACCGCGAUGUUGUACAACAAAAUAGCAAGUCGCGGUGUCCCUGUGUUUACCUACGCAUCCACGUCAUCAGUGCUCUCCAAGAAAUCUUUGUACCCUAAUUUGUUUCGACUAUGCCCAUCAGAUACUCACCAGGCCUCAGCUUUGUCAGAUUUGUUCGAGAGAUAUUCCUGGGAGAAAAUUGGUAUUAUAGCUGAAGAGGGUUUGUACGGGGAAGAGUUAGCGGCGGAUAUUGAAACAUUACUGAGGAGGAGACAGAUUAAAGUGACUACGAAACAAACAUUUAAACCGUCUGAACCCAGCCUCAAAAAGCAAAUGGCUGCGUUAAAACAAGCUGGUUCGGCAGUUAAUCUGGUCAUUGCAAACCCAAGAGAAGCAGUACGGUUAUAUCAAGAAGCUUUUGAGCUGCGAAUGGUUGGUAAAGGCUGGACAUGGAUUGGCUCCGACGGCGCAACUGCGACAAUGUUUAAAAGUACAAAUAACUUACAACGUGCCAUGCAAGGUAUGGUUGGCUUUCGUCCGAAAGCUGGCUCGGGAAAGUUAUUUCAUGAUAUAUUCACUGAAUGGCUACAAUCAAACCCAAUGGCUGACAAGCAAUUACCGUACCUCUCUCAAAUAUUUGAUUCCAUUUUGUUGCCGUCAAUUGCUCUUCACAGGCUUCACAAAGAGAAGAAGAUAACAGCUAAAGUAUCAAAAGUAGAAGCUAGAAUGUACCUUCUGAGUCAGCUUAGGGGAAUGACGGACAGUUCUAAAAGUUUUGCGAGUACAACUAAUCAAAGGUUAUACUUCGACUCCUACCAGGACGUGACCACAGCUUAUGACUUGGUUAACUUAAAUGGUGACAAAUGGGUAACUGUAGGUAGCUAUGACAACGGCGAGUUAGACAUUACCAGCAGUGUCAUAUGGCCAGGUGGCUCCCGCACAGUCCCUCCUUCGGAUCAGCCAAGUAAUGGGAACGGCAACUAUGGAAAGGUGGAAGAAGAUGGCGGCACAUCAAAUGGUUUGAUUGUGUUAGCGGUCGUAUUUAGUAUCUUUGGUGUGUUGGUCAUCAUUUUUAUGAUUUAUAUUGUUCGUAGAGUUCGAUACAGACAUUUAUAUAUGCAGAGCGAUUUAAAUCAAGGAGGUGUGUUCUCGGUUCUGUAUGGUCACACUGUAAAUAGACCAGGAGUGAACUUGCUGCCUCCUCAAACAGCAACCAAUGGCCAUAUCAAAAAGGAGACGGAGCUGAACGAUCCCAUGAUUCCAAGGCAUGUGUGACCACGAUUUACAUUGAAUGUAAAACAAAUAGGCUAAUCAUAGCGAUAUCGGUAACGAAAUGUUGUAAACGUUCCGUUUGUAACACACCGAAAAUUAGCUAUACUAUAUCGUCUCUGGACGAAAAUGAGGAAACACUUUGGAAUGUAUUAUGUAUAACUUAUCAAGGACAAGCUGGUAUGUUUGACCAAUGAGAUGAUGAAAUCAAUUAAAUUUAGUGUUUAUUCAAGAAUAACAUUUAGAAUGUAUCCGUGUUACAGAAAGCACGAAAUAUUCAGCAUUGCAAUCCAGUGUAUAUAUGUUGCGUUUCGUCGUAAUUAUUUAUAUAGUUAGAUAUACAAAAUUUUUACAAUUUUUUUUGUCAUUUUCUUGUUUGUAAAUAAUUUUGUGUUAUUUUAGUUAUUAUUUUUCCUCUUGAUGUAUUUUUAAGUCGAAAAUAUUUUUAUUAUAUAUUUUUUUUUGAUUCCUAGACCCGAGGAAAUUUGUACUUUCAAAUUACCUGUUGAUAAAAAAUAGUUCCGUCUCUCCGUCACUUCAUCGGGUAACCCGUGCUUUGCCACAAUAGAGCACCGUAGGACUGUAUAUUUGCUUAUUUAUUUCAAAGUUUAAUUUUGAACGGCAUUGUAUAUUUUAUUUUUAUAAAAUCGUGUUCGCCAUGCAUAGAUAAUUUUCUACUCUAUUUCAAAAGAAAAAAAUAUAAUUCAAAAAUAAUAAAUAGUUGAA